CUGAGCCAUUUCUGUUUAUGAACAUGUUGUUAAGUUCACUUUUCGAUCUAACGUUCUUCACUUUUCGAUCUAACAUUGUAGUAACGUUACUCAGAGUCAUAUAAAAGUAAGUAACGUUACCUGAUGUCCUGUUUUGGCAAAAUGAUAUUCAGAGUAAAGUAAAAAAAGCAAGGAGGUCAUACCACUACCCCCUUGUUUCAGUGAUGAUUUAGGUCAAUGUUGGAGGAUGGGAAAGUUGUAUGUUUUUGGUUAUAAUGGUUUUGGCCAGCUGAGACCCGACAGACAAGAUAAUUCCCUGGUCCAUCCUGUGGAGCUGGAGGUUACUGAGCCAGAUGAUGAUGAUGCGGUUGCUAUGGUUACUGCUUCAUGGAGUUCAGCUGCCAUCUUUGUAGCUUCUGCAGGCAAAACAAUCAUCGCGACCCAAGGGUUUUUAAACGCUGAGUCCCACCAGUGCAGAAAGUUUGAGACUGAUGCUGUCAGGAGUUCAGCUUGGAUAGCUGACAGCCUGGUGGUGGUGCGGGAGGGGGGCGAGUGUGUGCAGGUGGACCCCUGUACAGGACUGCAGCAGGGCAGAUGGAAUGGUCCAGAUGGAGUCAAGUUCACUGAUGUGGUUUGUAGGGAGAGCACCAUACUGGCACUGACAGAUACUGGUGACAUCACCAUGCUGGGGGAUGUGCAGUCUACCAACCCUACCCCCCUGCCUGUGUACCUGGGCGAGAAGGUUAAGGCUGUCUGCUGUGGCAAGGAACAUUCCCUAGCACUAACUCUCAGUGGGAGGGUGUUCAGUUGGGGGAAUGGCAGCCGAGGACAGCUGGGUCAUGGAACAACUGAAGCCUCCAACACUCCACAGGUCAUAGAGGCAUUGGAAGGGGUUACCAUGGUGACCAUAGCUGCUGGGGGCUGGCAUUCUGUCUCUGUCAGUGCUUUUGGAGACCUGUAUGUCUGGGGCUGGAAUGAGGCGGGACAGUUAGGAUUACCCACAUCCAAACACAAGACUGGACCCUCAGACCACAAACCUUCCAUCAGUGAAAUGGGCCAGCAAGGCGGUGACAAUGUAGCAGAGGUGCUGGUACAGGCCACUCCUACCAUAGUGGACAUGCCAGCGGGUCAGGAGGUAUCAAAGGGGAUGGCCAGCUCUUGACAUGGGGAUGGGGCAAGUUCUCUUUUUUAAUAUUCUGGUUAUCUCUUUCAGUUUUAUACACAAACUUUGGUCAGUUCUUUUAAUAAAAUGAUUUGUGCUCUAUGACAACUCCCUUCUCUCCCUCAACACAGGUGCUUAUGGUCAGUUAGGCAAUGGACAGACAGAGAGGUGUGAGGUUCCUCGCGCAGUGGAGUUCUUCAAGCAGAGAAAAGUAACUAAUGUAUGGUGUGGCCCAUGGAAUGAUUUCGUACAAGUGGAGGAGUAAUGUAAGACAUUUCCUACAGCAUUUUGCGAAUACAGCUUUCAAUAUAUUGAUAAUCCCUCAUACAGGGGAAUAACAUGGAAUACAAGUAAAUGUACUCUGUCCACCCUUACAUCAAGUUGGUUACUUUCAGCCUCCUGAAAUGUAGAUAAUAAAAGAGUGGUCCAAGCUCAACACUGAUACAUUUGGAUCGGUCCACAGUAGUAAGUACAUGUAUAUACUUAUCUCAAUAUUGUAUAUGGGAGGUUCUGUGCCAAAUGACCACUAUAUAUGUGCCAAUGCAGAGUGUGUAAAACAUGGGAAAAUGCUGAUGAAGGCCCUCUUUGUGAUAUAUAAUUGAUAUUCCAAAAAUACAGUGGCCAGAUAACCAACAACAUCCCACUGGCACCUUUACAGUACUGUCCUGUGCCUAGUGGUGUUGGCAGUGUCUGCCCAGCCCGUGUGUGUCAAAUGUGGACAGCUGCCUCUAUGUCUGGUAGUGUCCACCUCUCCAGUGGUAGUGCCUGCUGCAGUGUGAAUAGUCCCUGCUGUACUCUACACAGUGAUGUCAUGUGGGCACAGCUGUCAACAGCUUAAAUUAAGGGAGGGAAAAAGAAUAUCAAUUAAAACCAAGCAAAAAGACAUGAAACGUUACUGGACACAACGAAUGUCGAGGUAUUAAUUGAUGGUACAUGUGAUACAUACACUAAUGGAUGCAACAGAAUGUCAUGAGUUUUAUCAAGUGAUACUGCUAUUUUUUCAAAUGUUGUGCAAGAAAGUAAAGGUAUAUAUUUCCCUCA